AUGAGUGGCGAGACGGAUGCAGCAAAAAAGUCGGUGCCUUCGGACCUCGACGAGAACGCGCUUUUCUUUCACCAGAACCCGGUUCCCGGCAAGCUCGAAAUCCGGGCCACGAAACCGCUGGGCAACCAGCGCGAUCUGGCGCUCGCCUAUUCGCCGGGUGUCGCCGCGCCCUGCCUUGCGAUCGCCGCAGACCCGGCGCGGGCUGCGGACUAUACCGCGCGCGCCAAUCUGGUCGCCGUCGUCUCCAACGGCUCGGCCGUCCUCGGCCUCGGCAAUAUCGGCCCGCUCGCAUCCAAGCCGGUAAUGGAGGGCAAGGCCGUGCUCUUCAAGAAGUUCGCCGGCAUCGACGUGUUCGACAUCGAAAUCGACGCGCCGGGCGUCGAGCGCAUGGUCGAUGUGGUUUCCGCGCUCGAACCGACCUUUGGCGGGAUCAAUCUCGAAGACAUCAAGUCGCCAGAGUGCUUCGAAGUCGAGGAACGGUUGCGCGACAUGAUGGGCAUUCCGGUCUUCCAUGACGAUCAGCACGGCACCGCGAUCAUCGUCGCCGCCGGCAUCCUCAACGGGCUGGAGCUUGCCGGCAAAUCGAUCGAGACGGCGAAGAUCGUCACUUCGGGCGCCGGGGCGGCAGCGCUCGCCUGCCUCAAUCUUCUCGUGUCGCUCGGUGCAAGCCUCGACAACAUCAUCGUCACCGACAUUGACGGCGUGGUCUAUGACGGCCGCCCCGGCGAGAUCGAUCGCUGGAAGGCGGUCUUUGCCCGCCAGACCGAGCACCGCACGCUGGAGCAGGCCAUCGACGGCGCCGACGUUUUUCUGGGUCUCAGCGCCGCCGGCGUGCUCAAGCCCGAAUAUCUGGCAAAAAUGGCGGAAAAUCCGCUGAUCAUGGCGCUGGCAAAUCCGGUUCCCGAGAUCAUGCCGGACGCCGCGCGGGAGGCGCGUCCCGAUGCGAUGAUCUGCACGGGCCGGUCCGAUUUCCCCAACCAGGUCAACAACGUACUGUGUUUUCCUUACAUCUUUCGCGGUGCCCUCGACUGUGGCGCGCGGACCAUCAACGAGGCGAUGAAGGCGGCCGCCGUGACCGCCAUCGCACAACUCGCCCGUGAAGAGCCCUCAGACAUCGCCGCCCGCGCCUAUUCGGGCGAAACGCCGAUCUUCGGGCCCGACUACCUGAUCCCCUCGCCCUUCGACCAGCGGCUGAUCCUCCGGAUCGCGCCGGCCGUCGCCAAGGCGGCGAUGGAAAGCGGCGUCGCCGCGCGUCCCAUCGAGGACAUGGACGCCUAUCGCGACCGGCUGAACCGGUUCGUCUUCCGGUCGGGCCUCGUCAUGAAGCCGGUGAUCUCGUCGGCCCAGGCCGCGGCCACGCACAAGGUCAUCUACGCCGACGGCGAGGACGAACGCGUGUUGCGCGCCGCCCAGAUCGUCCUGGAGGACCGCAUCGCCGAGCCGAUCCUCGUCGGCCGUCCCGAGGUGGUCGAGGCGCGACUGAAGCGCUACGGCCUGCGGAUACGGCCCGACCGGGACUUCGAACUGGUCAAUCCGGAAAACGAUCCGCGCUAUCGGGACUAUGUCGAUCAUCUGAUCGCCAUCGGCGGCCGGCAGGGCUUCACCCCCGAUUAUGCCCGAACGCUUGUGCGCACCAAUGCCACCGUCAUCUCGGCGAUCGCCCUGAUGCGCGGCGAGGCCGAUGCGAUGAUCUGCGGUCUCGACGGCCGCUAUGAGCGGCAUUUGCGCACCGUGCGGUCCAUCGUCGGGGUCCGCGAGGGCGCGCGCGAUCUGUCGGCGCUGUCGAUGCUGAUCUCCGGCAACGGCAUGACGUUCUUCACAGACACCUAUGUCUCAAUCGAUCCUACCGCCGAGGAACUGGCCGAGAUGACGCUGCUCGCCGCCGAGGAGAUCCGGCGUUUCGGCGUCGAACCCAAGGCCGCGCUGCUGUCGCAUUCCAAUUUCGGCUCGCGCGACAGCGCCUCGGCCGCCAAGAUGCGCCGUGCUGUCGAAAUCCUGCAUGCCGCCCAGCCGGAACUGUGCGUCGAUGGCGAGAUGCAUGCCGACAGCGCGCUCAAUCCCGAGCUGCGCGCCCGCGUCCUGCCGCACUCGAUCCUCGAGGGCGAGGCCAACCUUCUGGUCUUCCCGAACCUCGAUGCGGCCAACAUCACGCUCAAUGCCGUCAAGUCGAUGACCGAUGCGCUGCAUGUCGGCCCGAUCCUUCUGGGGACGCAGCGACCCGCCCAUGUGCUGACGACAUCGGUAACCUCGCGCGGCGUCGUCAACAUGACCGCGAUCGCGGCCGUCGAAGCCGCCCAGGCCGCGGCCCAGGGCGGCACACACGCCGGCACGGCCGUUACCGGUCGUUAA